AUGGCGUCAUGUUUAACGUUGAAACGACCACUCGAACAUGUUGAUCAUCCAACAGCAAGAACACCAUCUCCUGUUUCAAAACGACGACGAUGUGUUCCGAUGACAAUAAUACAGUCACCCGAUUCGAACGGUUGCAAUGUUAAUUUUGAUUCGAAUAUGUAUUCGGAUAUUACUAAUCAGUCAUCAUUUCCUGAUGUAGAACCAGUUAUAUCGUCAGAUGCACUAUUAGAACGUAUCAAAGAUGAAAUAAAACGUCUUCACCGUCGACAUCAGUUACAAACACAUGUAACAACACAACAACCAUCAAGUCCAUCAACAGAUUUAUCUGAAGAAGAGAAUACUGGUGAUUCAGUGACAUCAAUGACGAAUACAUCGGUGAAUGAUAGUUUUAAACAACAACGUGAUCGUACACAAACUCAACCCUUAUUAUCAUUGAAGCAAGUUAACGAAAUAUGUGCAAGAUUAUUAAAAGAACAUGAAGAAAAAAUAAGAGAAGAAUAUGAUCGAAUAUUGGCUAUGAAAUUAAAUCAACAAUAUGAAAGUUUUGUUCGAUUUACUCAAGAUCAAUUGACGAGAAGAUUUUCAGACCUGCAAUUUUCUUGUAAGUAA